AUGAAAAAUGGAAGAGGCGUUUCCAACAAGCCGUUUCGAUUACUAGCGCUGGUGUGCGCGAUGAUAAUGUGCUUAGGGAUGAGCGCAAGUGCGAAGGAGACCAUCGAUGGAAAUCACCUGUACAAGUCUGUCGUCAUUGACGCAGGGUCCACGGGAACAAGGGUCCACAUAUACAACUACAAAAUUGUGUAUGAAAAAAAAGGAAUCAAUAUACACAUUCCAUCGAUCAGUUACAGAACGACCCCAGGGGUUGUGUACCUCCUAAAUAAUUACUUUGCAAAUGAUGAGAAAAUAGCUUUUCAUGAGUAUUUUAAAAAUAUAAAAGAAUUUUUGUAUGAACAUGUUAAGGUAAAUGAAAGAUCCAGCACACCCAUUAUGAUUCGCGCAUCCGGAGGAUUCAGACUGCUUAGCAUAACUGAGUCAGAAAAUUACAUAAAUUUUGUAAAGCAAUAUUUUUUAAAUAACUUUAGCGAUUUUUUACUAAUUGAUGAGUUGCUGAUCAAGGUGCUAAGUGGGAAGGAAGAAGCCAUUUUGUCCUUUGUCUCGAUUUACGCCCUUCUGGAGAAGUUCAACCCUAGUCCUGUAACUUUCACCAAUUUGGACAAGGCGAGUGGCUCUACCACGUCAGAGGUGCUCACGGGAAAGGACUCUCAAGAGGAGAAAUUGAGCAAAGAGUCAAAUGGGAAGACUUCGAACAACGGGGAGAACGACAUUAUAGGGGUCCUGGAGCUAGGUGGGGCCACUGCCCAGGUGGUAAUUAAAUUUCCCUUGUCCAAAAUGAAUGAAGACAUUAAAAAUUUAUUUAAUUAUAAACAUCGAGAAGAGAAAGUGAAGAAAAGUGUGAUAGAAGAAAAUUAUAAAAAUAAAAACGUGGUAAAAAUUCACCUGUUCGAUGAAGAUAUUUAUCUUUAUUGUAAAAGUUACCUCGUGCUGGGAAGGCAGAAUGCCAUGAAGACCUACUUGCAUUAUAUUAUUCAUCAACAUAACAGGGAGGAGCAGGUGGAUGACCAGGGCUUUACCGGAGGGGAGAAGAAUGCCCCAGCUGGUGUGGAUGUAAAGAAGGAUACGCGUGAUAAGAAUAAAUUCAUUCCAGCUGCAUGCUUCCCAAAGGACUUCAAGUUUUAUGUCAAUAAUUUAUACGAGACUUCCAUUGAGGAGGAGAUGCACGAGUAUGACGGGAAGACGGAGAUGAGUGAACACGACUACGUCGCCGUGGGUACCGGGAACAUCGACUUGUGUAGGUUGCAAGUACAGUCCAUCCUGAACUACGCCCAGAUCGACGACCUUCCAUUUAAGAUGAAGAGGUUCAUAAAGCUCUACGGUAUUGAGAACUUCCACCACUUUGCCAUGGACAUUCUGAAUCUCCCAGAAAGCUUCAACCCCAUUUCACUAAACUCAAAUAUGUACUUGGAAAAGGCGAAGGAAAUAUGCCCUCUGACAAUUGACGAAAUUGUGAAGGUGGUGCGGCCUGAGGCAAACAUCGAGAAGGCGCAGACGUCCUGUUUCGGCCUGAUAUUCUUGUACGAGUUCAUGCGGUAUAUCCUGAAGAUUGACGAGCCCAUAGCGUUCCAAUCAACCAACUAUAUAAACAAAAUCAGCAUCACCUGGACAGUGGCCGUUCUGCUAAUGGAGCUCCCGCCCCACUUGAACACAAUUAAAAAGCAGACACAGGAACCCUAUCUCAACGAUGAACUUUAA